CCUAAAUAAAUGCCCAAAACUAUAGAUUGAGUGAACUUGAAGACCAAACUUUGUUGAUGUUAUAGGAUUCAAAUAUACGUUAUCGUUUACCAGUUGAAUAGCUUAAAUAAUAACACAACAUUUUCCGAAAAUAAAUAUAGAAAACAAAACAGAGAACAACCAAAUUUCCAACUACCAGAAUAUUUUCUCUCUGUUUUUCUAUCAUGUCACGUCCUCUGUUUUCUUCUCAUUCUCUCUCUCUCUCAACCACCACCUCCACUCCAGAACACUUUUUUAUCUCAAUUUUUUCUCCAUUUCUCGGCUAUCUAUGCACGAAUCUCUCAAGUUCUACUUCUGUAGAAGAUUCUUAAUGUAUUAAUGAUGGCUUCUCUCAUACUCUCUAUCAACCAGUAAGCUAGUAAUUGUAGAAUAUUUAGAUUUUCUUGAAGUUGUUGGACUUAAUCUGAGUUGUUUUCCUUAAUAUUUGACGAAUACCCAUUGGUUUCUCUAUUAAUACUCUAGUGGGUUGCUACCAAAAUGUUGCUUUGAAAUAUGAAGUGUUGAAUUCUAGGAUUGAGUUCGUGUUUUGGUCUCUUUACGCUUUUCUAAUUUAUAAUACUUUUGGUUCUACUUUGAAACUAUUGUGAUCCUUUUGGGUGGUUUGAACUGAUAUUGUAUGAUAAUGGCUGGGCUGGUAGACUCGAGCUUCAUAAUGUGAAUCUGUAUCAUUUGGGGGUGUGAAAUUUUUCGUCUUUUUACUAUGAGCACUUCCUUAGUUGAGUCCUGGCAACAUGGUUGAUUUUGAUAAUGACUACUUUCAAUAGAAGUAAGUCAUUCAACCAAAAGGCUUUGAUUGUUGGUAUUCCAAGAUCUUUGAGUUUUGGAAGCUCAAGAGUAAAUCGAUCAAGCUUAGUCUUGCAUUGGUUUAGGGUGCUUGUUGUAUUUGGAUCUUUGCUUUCAUUUCUCAUAGCUGUUGCAAGUGGUUACAUUUAUGUGCUUCCUAGCCGCACUCAAGCCUUUCGGGGUUUUGGGAUAUCUAAAUCCGACUAUUCAUUUGGAGAGUGCAAUGUUUUUGAUGGAAAUUGGGUAGUGGAGAAUAGUUAUCCUUUAUAUAAUGCUUCAGAAUGUCCUUUUGUAGAGCAAGGAUUCAAUUGCCUGGGAAAUGGGAGGAAAGAUGAUGAUUAUCUUAAAUGGAGGUGGAAGCCCAAUAAUUGUGAUAUUCCAAGGCUCAAUGUGCAUGAUAUAUUGGAAAGGUUUAAAAAUAAAAGGGUUGUGUUUGUGGGUGAUUCCAUGAGUAGAACACAAUGGGAAUCGUUGAUAUGUUUGCUCAUGACAGGUGUAGAGGAUAAGAAGAGUGUGUAUGAGGUCAACAGAAAUAAGAUUACAAAACAGAUUAGAAUUUUAGGCGUUCGCUUUAACUCCUUUAAUUUCACCAUUGAGUUCUUUCGGUCAGUUUUCUUGGUGCAACAAGGUCAGAUGCCUAGACACACGCCCAAACGGGUGAGGUCAACGCUUAGAUUGGACAAGUUGGAUGAUAUUAGCAGUGAGUGGGUUAAAUCAGAUGUUCUCAUAUUCAACACUGGACAAUGGUGGGUGCCCGGGAAGCUCUUUGACAUG